UUUUUUUUCCUGAACUGUAAAUGACAGAUGAAGAUGAGCGACGUAGGGGAAGAGGAUGAAGCAGAGACUAAAGGAUACAUUCUUAGGAACUCACUCUCCAGAUGUGAGUCCAUAAAGAGUGACCAGUCCAAAGAUCUACCUAUCAACUUCACAACUGAUCCUGGACCUUCAAGACUCGCCUGCAGACUCCGGUCUUCAGCCUCCAUCUGCAUGACCACAAGGAGUGACCUGUCCAAAGAUUUACCCAUAAACUUCAGAGACAAACCUGGACCAACAGAUCCAACAGGUCAGCAGGUCACCUACAGACUCCAGUCUUCAACCUCCAGCUGUGUGUCCAUGAGGAGUGACCUUUCCAAAGACUUACCCAUAAACUUCAGAACUGAUCCUGGACCGUCAGACCCAACACAGGAGAAGAAGGGUGGAGUUACUCAGGAGGAAUGUUUGUCCUGCUGUUCUUUGUGUCAGCACAUCCUGAAGGAUCCGGUCUCUACCAGUUGUAGACAUAAGACCUGCAGAGACUCCAUCAUCUCAUACUGGAACCAGUCUGAUCCAUCAGGACUCUGUUCAUGUCCACAGUGCAUAGACCGAUCCAGAAGCAGAGCUGAACGGCAGACCAUCAGUCAGAACAAAACUAUUAAAGAUGUCCGUCUGCAGAAACUUUUAGAUGAACAUCAGAUCAGUGUGAAGAGAAGAUAUGAAAAUAUAACUGAAGAAACCGAUGAAAAAGGAAGAGAGACUCACUUCAACGCGAUCUACACUGAGCUCUACGUCACAGAGGGACUGAGAGGAGAGGUUCAUACACAACAUGAGGUGUGGCAGCUGGAGACAGUUUCCAAGGUCGUUCAUGAUGUUCCAAUCAGAUGCAAUGAGAUCUUCAAAGAACUAAAUGACCAACAAAGAUCCAUCAGAGUGGUUCUGACCAUUGGUGUUGCUGGGGUUGGAAAAACCUUCUUGGUGCAGAAGUUCACUCUGGACUGGGCCGAGGGCUUGGAGAACCAAGACAUCAGUGCAGUGAUUCCUCUUUCAUUCAGGGAGAUGAACUUGAUCAGAGAUGAGCAGCACAGUCUUCUCACUCUCAUCCAAGUUUUCUAUCCAACCUUCCAGAAGAUCACAGCAGAGCAGCUGUCUGUCUGUAAACUUCUCUUCAUCUUUGAUGGUCUGGAUGAAAGCAGACUUUCUCUGGACUUCAACAACAGUCAGGUGGUGUCUGAUGUCACUCAGAAGUCAUCAAUCAAUGUUCUUCUGACAAACCUCAUCCAGGGACAUCUGCUUCCCUCAGCUCUGGUCUGGAUCACUUCCAGACCUGCAGCAGCCAAUCAGAUCCCUCCUUCAUGUGUCUCCAGGGUAACAGAAGUACGAGGCUUCACUGACUCCCAGAAGGAGGAGUACUUCAGGAGGAGGUUCAGUGAUGAAGAUCUGUCCAGCAGAGUCUUCUCCCACAUCAAGGCCUCCAAGAGUCUCUUCAUCAUGUGUGGAGUUCCAGUCUUCUGCUGGAUCACUGCUGUGGUUCUAGAGCACAUGAUGACCACAGAAAAGAUAGGAGACCUUCCCACCACCAUGACUGACUUGUACUCACACUUCCUGAUGGUCCAGACAAAGAGGAAGAAGAACAAAUACCAGCAGGAACAUGAAGAGAAUCCACAGGAGCUGACAGAGGCUGACAUGGACGUUCUCCUGAAGCUGGGGAGGCUGGCCUUUGAACAUCUGGAGAAAGGAAACAUCAUGUUCUACCAAGAAGACCUGGAGCAGUGUGGUCUGGAUGUCACAGAGGCUUCUUUGUACUCUGGAGUUUGUACUGAGAUCUUCAGAAGAGAGUGUGAGAUCUUCCAGAAAGCAGUUUACUCCUUUGUUCAUCUGAGUGUUCAGGAGUUUCUGGCUGCAGUUUACAUGAUCCACUGUUACAACAACAAGAAGACAGAGGUGGUGGAGAAAUUUCUGGGAAUUUCCUCAGGUCAUAAUAAAAAGAUUGAAUCAACAAAGAAUUUUUUUGUGAAGAAUUUUAAAUCAACAAAAAAAGACGAUCCAGGUUUCCUUUCUCUAGACGAGUUUCUAAACAGAAUCAUGAAGAAAUCUCUGCAGAGUCACACUGGUCACUUGGAUUUGUUUGUUCGUUUUCUUCAUGGUCUCUGUUUGGAGUCCAACCAGAGACUCUUGGGAAGUCUUUUGAGUCAGACAGAGAUGAGUCAAAAGACUUUUAACAAAAUCACCAAAAGCUUGAAAGAGAAGAAGACCCAAGAAAUGUCUCCUGACAGAAGCAUCAACAUCUUCCACUGUCUGGUGGAGAUGAAGGACUUCUCAGUUCAUCAGGAGAUCCAAGAGUUCCUGAAGUCAGAGAACAGAUCAAAGAAGAAACUCUCAGAGAUCCACUGCUCUGCUCUGGCCUACAUGCUGCAGAUGUCAGAGGAGGUUCUGGAUGAGUUGGACUUCAAGAAGUUCAACAUAACACAUGAAGGCCGACUGAGACUGAUACCUGCUGUGAGGAAUUGCAGAAAGUUCACGUUCCAGUCACUGUCUUUUUCAGAUGUAUCAAAAGCUUUCUUUAGACAAGGACCCUUGCGGUCAAACUUUGAGUUGUCAGAGACUCACUGCGAAGCUUUGGCCUCAGCUCUGAAGUCCAACCCAUCCCAUCUGACAGAACUGGAUCUGAGCUGGGUCAUCCUGUCGGAUCCAGCAGUGACUGUUCUGUCUUCUGGAUUGGAAAGUCCAAACUGCAAUCUGAAGGCUCUGAGGUGCUGCUGUUUGGUUAAUAUCUGCUUUGUCAGUUCUAGACUGAGACUGAACAUAUUGAGAAUGUAACUAUUUGGGAUGUUGAAAAAUUUCUCUGAUGAAAUAUCCUCAGAAAAUUCUCUUUCACUGAAACCCCAUCAAUUACCAAACUAUCACUUGUGACAUUUCUAAGGGUACUAGAGCAAGCUGGAAAAGGGGAGGUCCGGCUUGGAUGACUAAUGUAUAUCUAAAGGCUUUGAAGGUCUUAUAGACUCUGAACAAGGUGAUAUUUAAUGAAUUAUUUAAAAGCAACAUGUUGUUCAGCGUCUUUGUUUUGUUUUCCACUUCAAUUUUUCCUAAAUUCCGAAUUUGCUAGGAUAAAGCAACUUGUUUAUGAGAUACUGUUGCAGUACCUAAUGUUUUAAUUAUUAAAUAACAUAUUUUUUAGUUUUACUUUUGUGAAAAAUGUAUUAAUCUUCGGAUGAUUGUUAAGUCAUAAUUAACAAAAAUUGUGAAAUAUUAUCUGGUACUGUUUUUAGAUUUAUCGCGAAAUGUAUCAUAUUGCCAAUACACACCUAUACUCUUAAGGUCUUAUACACUCCGAAGUUUUUAUAGACUGAAUGACUUUUCAGUCCGUACACAAAUAAGCGUAAAUAAGAAAAAAAUAACUAUUUUCAAAACAAAUUUAUUUUCCUUUAAAGCAGAAUUCAAUUGACUUGAUGUUUUUUUAGAAACAUCAAUUAAUACAUGUAAAAAUUUAAUGUUUUUUCUGUUUUUAUAGGUCCUUGUUCUUCUAUUUGACUAACAAUUGAACGAUUUAAAACCAUAUUUGUUCUAAAUUCUUUUCUUCCUCCAAUGACUACUUUAUUCUGGACUCAGGUUGAUAAACUGCAGACUGUCACUCAUCAGCUUGGCUUCUUUGGGCUUGGCUCUGAAGUCCAACCCGUCUCAUCUGACAGAACUGGACCUCAGUAACAACAGCCUGCAGGAUUCAGGCAUGGAGCAUCUGUGUGCUUUUCUAGAGAACCCGGGCUGCAGACUCAAGUCUCUGAGAUUGAUGUUCUGCAGUUUGUCAGAGACCAGCUGUUAUCUUCUGGCUUCAGCUCUAAAGUCCAACCCAUCCCAUCUGGCAGAACUGGACCUGACUUCAAACCCGAACCUACAAGAUUCUGGAGUGAAGCAUCUGUGUGGGUUUCUGGAGAGUCCGGACUGCAGACUCCAGACUCUAGGUUUAGAGAACUGCAGGCUGUCAAAGACCAGCUGUGAUCUUCUGGCCUCAGCUCUGAAGUCCAACCCGUCCCACCUGAUAGAACUGGAAAUGCCUUUCAACAGAUUGAAGGCCUCAGACGUUCAGGAGCUCUGUGGUCUGGUGAACAGUCCACACAACGAACUGGAGACUCUGAGGUCAGUAGAUGAAGUCCAUGUUGAAAUAAACCCAGUUAAUACCACGGCGAAAGGAACAUCAGCAGAACAGAUGAUUUGGAGAUAAAUACAGAUGGAGAUGUUUGGACACAAUGAGAGGAGGAGAUCAGAAACUCAAAGACUAAGACGAUACAUGAAACUCGUUAUAAAGUUUGUUUUAAUUCUGCUGAUGCUUGGCAGUAACAAUCCUUCAUGUGAAUCUCCUUUUGUGUGCAGCUGGAAGCCGGGUUGGCCUUCAGUCUGAGGGUCCAUCAGGUGGAGCAGCAGUUUGUCUGCAGAUGUUCUGGACCGUUCCACUGAAGGAGGAGGAGAGGGGAGUUUUGGAGGAGUCAGAGGAGGAAUGUGGUUCUUUUGUUUCAACUUCAUACUCUGGAAAGAUGCUUUAAACCCGUAGUUUGUAAAAUUAACACAAAUAUUUGAGUGAUGAAAAUGUUACAGAUGUCUGACAACAACAAACUAUUGAGACAUUUUUGUGCAAACAUCUUAGAAAAAACAAGUUAAACUCACUCUAAGCUUCGUAUAUGUGAAUUGUUUUUUUAAAGUCUCAACUUUCUCAUUAAAUCUGAUUAAUCAAAUUUGAUAAAAGCAUUUCUGAGACAUCCAAACUUCCUUACAAAGCUCAUUUGAUAAUGUAGUCUUUGUUUUCUACCCUGUAAUUCAAUCUAUUUCCACUAGGGGUAGUAGAAAGGCUUGUCCUGCUUCCAUGAAAUCUCGAAAACCCUUUUGGCGGGAAAAAAAAAGCCAAUUUCCUAAACUUUCUGCUCAGAAUAACUCAUAUAUUAGUGUAUUUUUUUAAAUGACUACUUUCUGUGUUGAAUUUUUUUUUAUAGUUCUUUAUAAUCCAGUUUCACCAUUUUAAAAAUGUGUAAAUCAACUUUGAGAGUGUAGACAAAUAAGAUUGUGAUACUUUUUAUGUACAGUGAAAAUUUUUAGUUAUGCAAAACUAUUUUUGUGGAUUUCAGAGUUUAAAAAAAAUCUUGAUUUUAAAACAUAAACGUCUCAAAUUGUUGAUAUAGUGACUUUUAUUGUGUUCAAAUAUCCUCAUUUUUAUUUUUUUUCUAUAAAUGCAGUUUGGUUCCUCUGAGAUAUUUUCAGUUCUUUGUCUGAACUGACUUUUUUAGGAGGCUUUUGACACUAAAAUAACUUUCACAUUUAAAGAUGCUUUGCUUAAAUUUGUUUGUAUUUUUUUUUUUGGUAAUGUGGUUUUCUUUGACAGUGUUUGCUGCUGCUGUAAAAUAAUUAGGUGAUUGUUGGGUUUGUCAAAUUUACUACAGGAGAAUAAAUUCCUGCAUUUAUUUAGACUUUUAUUUACAGUGUAUAAACCAAAUCUGAUCAUUUAUUGUGUCAUUAUUAUUUAUUUCACUGCAUGUUGGAUAUCUUUCUGCAUUUGGUAGCUUUCUUAGGGUCAGAAAACCAUGCGGGAUGAAUUUUGCUGUUUUUGCUUUGUAGCAGAAACUUAAAAUGCUUAAAACAGUUUCAGGUUAAUGCAUUAGUUUGUUUUUACUUGCUUUUUAUUUUAAAGAUGUUUUUUUCUGUCAGAGGGUAAAUAAACAAAAAAGCUAAUUUACAUUUGAGGUAUAAAAAGUAUAAUUUCUAAACCUUAAUGAGUCACAAAUGCCUUAGAAUCCCACUCUGAUCAUUUUUGAUUUAUUUUCAAAGUGGUCUUUUAAUUAUGAUAAUGAUGUUUUAACCAAAAUAUUAAAAACCUCUGUGGUUUUUUUGGGCCAUUGUUUCUCUAAAGCAGAAUGAGUUCAUUAGAAAUUCACCUCUGAGUUAUGGGCGGGACUGUUGGAGCCAAUGUAAGCCUCCACUGAUAUCCCAUCAUCCCUUUGUGUACACUCUCUCACUAGCUUACAGCUCCUUGAAACCCCAAACUAAAAUUAGUGGUGCAACAAAAACGGCAAGUAAUCUCAGAGUUAUUCAGUUGUACAGUGUGAUCCAGAUUCCAGCUGAGACGAAGAAAAUAAAGACGUUUAUGGAUCUAUUUGUCUAUGAGUGAUUGCAUCAGAAUGGAGCAGAUUUUAAUU